AUGUCGGACCAUACCAUAAUUGCCGUUAAGCAUCAGUCUGGGACGAGGUACGAUUCUUGCUUCAUCCUGGGGGACAACGAAGUUCCAUAUGUCGUCUGGUUCGAAGAUGCCGUCCUUCUCUAUGGUGUCCCCACUGUGGUCUUUGAUCUAUACAUCCUUGUUCCAGACCUCGGUGUAGCCUCUAGAUGCCUCAUCAAAGCUGGAUGGGCCCUGGAUACGGAGUCACCACGUCGAAUUGGAGAUGCCGAAGUGGAUAUCCCACAAAUCCCACUGCUAUGUCCUAAUGGCGCGACUAAAACUGUCCUGCUUCUGGCGUCUGACUGGAAGGUUUCUUUAACAGCCAGUUCACCCUUUGAUCAUGUAUCUCUGACGCUUGCCUCGAUGGUUGACGGUGUGCGGAUUACGGAACGAUUGCCAGACAAAACGGCGUCCUUCCCCACAUUACCAGGACUACUCGAUGCCCUGAUUGAGAGUUGGCUAGAUGGUCCUAGCAAUCACAAUGUAUUGCAUCAUCUGGCCAUUAUGCUCAACUACCUUUACGCAUAUGCUCUUGCCCUGAAAGAGGCAUCCUUUGCUGACCAGCUAAGGUAUGAACAUCGCCAGUUUCACUAUGAUUUGCUGUCUGGGAUGGAUUCGUCGACAUUGCUUUUCAGAGAGCACGAACGUAAGAUACGAGAAGCACUCCUCGUGGGCGAGUAUAAAUUGCAGCGAUGCUCAGCACCGGACAGCAAGGACCUUUUUCCGAGUUGGGAAGGCGUUCGCUUACCAGACCCUCCAGAGGGAGAGUUUCGCUCGGCUGAUUGA